AUGGCAGAGAAAAAAAAAUCAAUUUAGACUGGAGAUCAAGAGAAGAAAUUGUAAUUAUCAGACAUUCGUAAGGCUGAAUUAUUAUAUGAAGAUAAUUUAAGUUUGAUGAUUUCAAUAUUAGAUACAAAAAUUAAAUUUUGGAUUGAAUUAGAUAAAGGAUACUAAAGAAUUGAAGAUUUUGCUUUAUGUACAUAUAAUUUAAGUUAAAAGAUAUGGUAAUUGAGAGAUACAUUCUUUUCUUGGUUUUCUAUUUAACCAAUGAAAUUAUAAACUAGAUUAACACACUUCAAUAUAAUAGAAUUAAAAUUAUUAGGAAUUUUAUAUUCAGCCAUAUUAAAUGAUUAUCAUGCAACUUUGGAUAUAGAAUAACGUAUAGAUGAAAUUAUGUAAUUUGAAAGAAAUGUAUAAACUGAAAAUGUAAAUAAUUUAACACUUUUUAAUGAUGAAUUAGUAAUGAUUGCUACAAGUUUUGCUAAAUAAAAAAGUUUAAUCUUAAAUAGAAAUAGAGGGUAAUUGGCAUAAUUCUUUGGAUAUAAAGAUGAGAAAGAUUUUUAGAAUAUACUCUAUAUUGAACAAUUAAUGCCACCUUAUAUCUAAUAGAUUCAUGAUAAGAUUAUUCAAAGAUAUAUGAAAAAAGGAUAUUCAUUAUUAAUUGAACAUUCUAAAGAAGUUUAUGUAAAAAUGAAAAAUAACUUUAUUAAAGCAGCUAAUAUUAGUUUACUUCACAUGUUUGAAAAUGAUGCAGAUUAUAUCAUUACAGGUGCUUUAUAAAAAGUUAAAUAAAGUUAUGAUUUUCUGAUUUUCGAUCGUCGUGGUAAGAUCUUAGGCAUAAGUGAACAACUUUUCGAUAUUCUAGGUAAAGGAUUUACUUUAGAAUAAUUAUUAAGUAAGGGAUUUGUAUAUUUUUGGUUCUAAAGUAUUUUUGAACUAAUUAAUUAAGAAAAGGAACUUCUAUUAUAGUAAUCUGAAUUAUAAGCAAGAGGAAUUCCGAAAACAUAAAUAAUAUGUCCUAUAAAUAAUUUUAAUUAAUUAUGUAUAGAUCAUGAUUUCAGUAGAGCUAACAGCACUGUGAAACUUCAUGAAUCUUAAAAUUAUUACACUGAAGUAAAUGAAACUGAACAAUAAAAUUAUUUAUCAUAUGGUAAUAACAUCAAUUCAAUACAUUUUUUAAAAGAAUAAAAUAUAUCAUUUAUUAAUGAUUUUUUGUAAAAAUUCAAUUAAAGUAAAUAUAUUGAUUAAGAUACUCAAUAUUCUAUUAAAUUUUAAUUAGCAUUUAAUGUUUUAGGUGGUGAUAUCCUUUCACAAUUUAUAUUGUAAAUUAAUGAUAUUGAAAAACUUAGUAAAAAAAAAUCUUUUAAUAAUCCUUCAGCCAGUUAUUAUAGUACAAUUAAAAAAACACUUUCUAAUGAUCCUUUUAAUGAAUCUGAUUUUAAAUUAGAUUAAGAGGGAAUUGAAAAUGCAAUAAGUUUUAAUCCUCCAAUAAUUAAUAAGAUUAAUUAAGUUCCAAAUCAAGAUAUAGAUGAAAGUUAAAAAAAAUAAUCAUAUCUAUAUGAAAGUCAAUAAUAAUAAUAAUUAGUUUCACCAAGAGGAAAUAAAGAUAUCCUUAUUAAUGUAGAAUAUGAUGAAGACGAAGAUGAAGAUUAAAAAUAAGCAUACGAACUUGCUAAAAGUAGCUCUUAAUAAAAUUAAAAUAAAUAGAAUGUUGAAGAAGUUAUAUAACAAUAUAAAGAAUUUGAAUAAGAGUUUAAAGAUAAUGCAAAGUAAUCAUAAUCUAGUGCUACUUCUGACAGAACUUAAAUGUCCGUAUUCAAUAUACUUAGAAAUCUAUAAUACACUUAAAGAUAUUAAACUACUCUUAUUAAAGUGUUUUUGAAUACAACUUUUCUCUUUCUUGUAUUACUUUUUUUAGUUAUUCUUGAAUUAAUUAUUGCAAGGGGAAACACAAAUAAUUUGUAAUAUUAAAUUCCUCUUGUCAGAUUACCUGAUAGGUUUAAUAGAUUAUAUUGUACUUUUACAGUUUUAGGAUAAUUAGAUUUAGAAAUGAGAUUACUUGAAUUUAAUCAUGGAGAUUAUUAUGUCUAUCGUAUUUAAUAAGAAAGCAAAUAAAUAAGAAUUGAAUUAUUACAAUUAAUUGUUGAAAUAGAAAAAGAAUUUUCAGUUUUAGAAUAAUAAGGAAAAUUAAAUAAAGCUGAAAUAUAAAUUGUCAAUCAAUAUAUUUAUUCAGCCUACAAUAUUUCCUUUUUGUAAUUUAAUUAAAUGGUUAAUGAAUAUACUCAAGCAUUAGAUAAUCUAUUUGAAGAAAAUGAUGAACUCUCUUUGAUUAAUGAAUAGAUAAGAUUACUAUUCAUGAAAGCUAAUCUCAAUAAUUUAAUUGAUUUUGUAAGCAAUGUUGUAGAGAAUAUUGUUAGUGAAUUUUUUGCAAAUAUUGAUAAUUAUGAAUUUCUCUAUCUUAUUUUUCUAUUUGCUUAACUUCUCAUUAUUAUUAUUGCUAUAUUACUUUAAUUUAAAUUAUGGACAGAACCUUAUAUUUAUAAAUAAAAUAUCCUACUUAUGAUAUGUAGAGUACAAGAAAAAGAUGUGGAAUUAUUAUUAUUAAAAUAUAAGUCUUUUAAAGAUAUUUUAAUAAAUGACAUAAGUAAAUGGAAAUAAAUAAAUUAUUUUAAAGAGUUCUUUACUUGUAGAAUAUCCUAAUUAAGAAAAAUAUAAAAAUUAACACAUUAACAUUAAAUAGAAAAAAAACAAUAAAAAUCAUAAUAGAGAGCCAAAUUGAAUUAAAGAAUUUAAGAGACUCAAUAUUCUAUAGUCCAUAUAUAUUUAAUGUUAUUUUUUUUAUGGUUUAUUUUAACCUCAUUUGUUUUAUCAUCAUAUCUUUUUUAAGAUAUAAAUAUAACAGAUUCAUUUCCCGAAUUAGAUUUAUGUAUGAGAUUUGUAAGAUUUAAAUAAAGAUUUGAUAGUUGUAUGAUUAUUAGUUAAUUGAUAAAAAAUUAAAAUUUAUUAAGUAAUCUUUAGAAAAAAAGUGGGAUUUAUCUUUAAAAUCCAGAAUAUAAUAAAACAGAUGGAUUUUUUUAGAGGAAUAAUAAAAUUUUAUUAGCAUAGUUUAAAAUGAGUUUAGAAUUAUAGAAGGAAUAAUAUAAUUCUAUAUAUGAUAAUAUAGUUGCAUCUGCUAAGAUAAGUGAUUAAAAUAAAAAUUUAUUGUUAGGAUUGUAUUAAGAUGAUCUUUGUGAUUAUAUUGGAGAUAAAUUACCUUUUUGUAAUUAUAUGAAUGGGAAAUUUCAAAAUUUUCCAGAUUUUCCAUAGCCCCUUGAGAUCAAUAAUAAUAGAGAACGUUUGAAAUAAGGUUUUAAUGGAUUAUAUUAAGAGUAAAAUUAAGUUUAAAUAUUAUAGAAUUCAGGCGCUUUUUUCAAGUAAAUUUGUGAAAGAGUUGAAUGGAGAAUUAGAAAGUGAUGCUGAUGAAAUUAUAAAUUUUUUGCAAUCGGCUGAAAAUUUUUAACUAUUGAUGCCAUAUUUUUUUGACCUUAAUAAAGCAAUAGUAGAAUUUUAUUCAACUAUAAUAUCUACAUCUGUAGAUAUUUUAGAAAAAGAUUAUUAAAGUUAUUUAAUUUAUUAUGUGAUAUUUGGAAUAGUAGCUUCAGGUAUAUUAUUUUCUGUGGUAAUUUUGGCAACCAGAAAAUUAUAAAGAUAAAUUAGAGCAAUAAGAUAAGCAUUGGUAUUGUUACCUCAUGAAAGUUUAUUAGAUGUAUAGGUUUAUAAUGCAAUCAAAAGAUUUGAAUAAAAGAUGUGA